AUGGCUAACAAUACUGAUCUAGCUGCUGCUAUUCGCCUUUUGGCGGAGAAAUUGACGCAAGAGAGGGUUGAGCAUCCUGAGACUGCUGGAGAAAUGUUCGAAAGAUUAGCUAAAGUUAAACCACUCUACUUUAAGGGGCAAUCUGACCUGACCUUCUUAGAGAAUUGGAUUAGGAAAAAGCUAUUUGAGGUAGUGAACUGCCUUGGUAAUAUGAGAGUAGGUCAGGCUGUGUUAUACUUGAAGGAUGAGGCUGACCUAUGGUGGAGGGAAAAUGGUGCUAGACUGAGUGCUGCUGAAGGAUUCAAUUGGGAAGCAUUUGUGGUUGCCUUGAGAGGAAAGUUUUACCCUGCCUUUAUGAGGAAGCGGAAAGCCCAAGAAUUCAUUAACCUGAGGAUGGGUAGUAUGACCAUCUUUGAGUAUUAUGGCAAAUUUAUAGCCCUGUCUAGAUUUGCACCUGAGGUUGUAGCCACUGAGGAACUUAGGGUCCAAAGGUUCGAGCAAGGCUUAACUGAAGAGAUCCAGUUGGGAUUAGGAGGUGAGAUCUUUACGUCCCUAGAUGUGGUGUAUGGGAGAGCAUCUCAUAUUUAUGGGUUACAGACCAGGAGAGAUAAGAGAAAUGGGGUAGUAGGUGAAAAGAGAAAGGAUGUUAAUACUGGAGGAAACCAAGGGAAUUUCAAGAAAAACCGGAAUGGUAAUGGGAAUUUCCAAGGGACAAACAACUAG